CUGACGGUGAUGGGAUCACCUGUCAUCAAGGCAAUCUAUCCGGUUGAUGGUAAGAUUCACGAGACUGGUAGCCGAACCUCAGUUGAAACAACGCGCCAAACUUCAGUCGGGGUUCAAUUGGGAGUCGAUCAAUAUGGCACGGCGACACUAAACCGAGCUCAAUCCGUUAAACACCACGGAUACACUGCUCCAUAUGUCUCAGCUUCGGGCGUCCAUACCUCGGCGCUUGACCUCACAAUGAGUGAAGAUAGUUCUUUGAAAGAUGGGGUAGCUCGCUCGUUAUAUUUUGCUGCCCUGCUUGAGUUUGAUAGUGCGGCGGACAGGUCUUUUGAAGCUAGCUUGAUGGUCGAAACGCAGUCUCAAAAGGAGUUGCCUUUCAAAUUAUGGUCUAGCCCAAAGACAUGGGUCUUGGAUUACGAUGGCAAAACAGAACUGGGGCAAUUAAACUUGAGCACAUAAAUAAGUCUUCCGUUGAGUAAGAAAUCCAAACAUCUCAAAAAGAUCAAAAAUUCUGCCGUGAAAAUCAUACACGAAACUGGCCCCAAAAACACGUGAUGAAAAUAUUGCGGUCUUACUCUUGUCUCUCCG